GGAAGGUGGGAAGUAAAGCUGUGCCGAUCAACUGCGCGUGUCAACAGAUCGCUUUAUGUAAGAAAGUCGUCCGUCCACUGCCUUCUAUUCCCCACACUUCGCCCUCUAGCCCUCUACCCCCCAGCGGCUACAAGAUGAACGGCUUCGACAGGAAAGAUCGUGACGCGUCCUCGUCCAGCUCCCAUGGCGGGCACGUCGUCGACCACAACGCUCCGCAUGUGACAGACGAGCCUGAAGCUGCUCCGCGGCGCGCCGCCGAGCCCGGGAAACAGGGCCAUAUCAUUCAAGUGCAGCCGUUGAAGCGAGGGGAGAUGCAGGUGCAUAGCGCGCGCGCGGCGGCAGGCUGCAGUCACAGCGCUACUCCACCUAUCGUGCCGCGGGCUGACUAUAUUUCUCAGCCCUCUUACGCGCAAGAUCUCGGUCUGGGUGAUGUGCAACAUGGAUUGUACGGCUCGCUCUUGCAAGGUCUCGGCACCAUCGUCGGUGUAUGCGGCAUGGUACCCUGCUGUCCCUUCCCGAACCCGUUCCGCGAGGUGCAACAGGGUUCCGUGGGACUCGUCUCCCGCUUCGGCCAAUUCUACAAGUCCGUCGACCCGGGUCUCGUGCAGGUGAACGUGUGCACGGAAUCGCUCAAGACAGUGGACGUGAAGAUCCAGAUCAGUCCCAUCGGGCGGCAGAGCGUCAUCACGCGGGACAACGUAAAUGUGGAGAUCGACUCGGUCAUCUACUUCCAAAUCACGAACCCCUACCGCUCGGCAUUCGGCAUCAGCGACCUGCGCACGGCGCUCAUCGAGCGGGCGCAAACGACGCUCCGACAUGUUGUCGGUGCGCGGGCGGUGCAGUCUGUCGUUACUGAGCGCGAGGCGAUUGCGUUCGAGAUCGCCGAGAUUGUGGGGGACGUCGCGGACAAGUGGGGUGUGGCCAUUGAGGGUAUCCUGAUCAAGGACAUCAUCUUCUCUCCCGAGGUCAGCGCGAGCUUGAGCAGUGCCGCGCAGCAGAAGCGUUUGGGAGAGAGUAAGGUCAUCGCUGCCCGCGCAGAGGUGGAUGCCGCGAGGCUGAUGCGGCAGGCUGCGGACAUCUUGGCCAGCCCCGCUGCGAUGCAGAUCCGGCAGUUGGAAGCUUUGCAAACGAUGGCCAAGACGGGCAACAGCAAAGUCAUUUUUGUGCCGAUGCAGCUGCAGUCGGACGUCACUGGCCAGCUGGCCGGUGCGUCAUCGUCUGGAUCCAACUACGGGGCGAUGAUCCAGAAUGAGGCCGGGUCGGACAGCGUCGGUCGGGCUGGUCUGCUGGGCAGUGUCUCCAAUCUGUGAGGAGGCUACGUCGUAGGAUUGCCCAUUGUAAGAGUACUGUGUUGAUGUGACCCAUUCUCUACUACUCUAUGCCUAUGUCUGUUGUUAUCUAGUUGUGCUCGUUUUGUAACAUCUGAACCCGUUGCUUUGCCGGGGAUGUCGUGGAUGACAGAUGCGGAAAGACUUGUCCGUAGGUGCAGCACAUGACCGAGUCCUCUCUGAUCCACGUUUUGGGCAGCUGGUGUCUCUAACAUCGCUUGUGUCCAACUAUUCACUGUACCAGACCUUGUCUGACCCUCCAGGGUUAUCUUUAUCACCCAGCCACGCCAAGAUCCGGAACUCCGCCCCCCACGUUGGGACUCGCCCAGGCGCUGUCCAGAUUAUCACGCAUGUCGUUCUAGACAUUGCACUGCGACACCGUGUCUGAAGAUGGACACGCUCUCGAGCGCGCUCGACUCUGCGCUGUGUGAUCGGAUGUCCGACUGCUGUCGACUACGCAGAGAGUGUAUAUAUAAUGGAGGCUGGGAUUGACAAGGACUACAAUUCACCAUCACACCUCUCCAGCUAGCAGAGCCAGCGCACAAACCACGAUGUCUGCUUCUUCGCUUACACGAGCCUCGCUCCCCGUCCUGCGAACCGCGCUACUGCGGCACAACGCUUCCCAGACACAGGCGUGGCAAGCCGGGGGCAGGAGGCUCUCCCAUGGGCAGCCCUAUCAUAACAUGCCGUUUGAUUACUCAAAUUCAAGGACGUUCGCGGUGAAGUGCUUGGCCUACAUGGGUUUCGGCUUUUCGCUUCCGUUCGUGGCGAUGGGGUGGCAGUGGUGGGUCUCCCGUCGUGGUGGAUGUACCCGUGCUGAUGUGUUCUGCACAAGGUACAAACCUGGAGGAUUCAAGAAUCAUUGAUCUGGCUGCGCUUCCCUUUGUACGAUAAAGUAUGCGGGUAUUAAUGAAAUGUAGAGCGUUAGAAUUUUGUUGUAUAUACUUUCUCUUCGCUUGCAAGUGUUCGCGUGGAGAGAGUGGAUCUC